AUGGCAAGGGGGAUGAAGGGAGCUCAUCCCGCCGCUUUAUUAUGUACUUUCACGCUCUUGCUUUGGGGGGACGUUUACGCGCAACUGUCUUUUAACGAAAUAACGGGGUUUAGUUUGAGUCCUCCGUACUUCAACCUCGCAGAGGGGUCACGGAUCUCCGCCACCGCAACGUGCGGUCAAGAUGAAACCGGGAGACCGAGAUCGGAUUUGUACUGUAAACUUGUCGGAGGACCUACAUUCGGACUUCCUAGUCAAACCAUACAGGUGAAUAGUGAAAGAAAUUUACAGUUUUAUGAUUGUGGUUUCAUUUUGAAAGGUUAAUAUUGUUGACCACUUUCUGCCUUUUCUUUUUCAGACAGCUAAUAAUGUUAACAGUUCAAAUGUAAGUUGUAAGUACGCAAGAAAUUGGCAUGAGUGCGUGGGUUAAAACGCAAAAUAUGAACGCACAUGAGUUAAUAGAGUUGUUCUGAACAUGAAGUGGACGGAUAGCCUACCAACAGAAAAACAACUCAUCCAUAAAAUCGUAUUUGUAUUAUCGAGUUUUUUCCUUGCAAGCUACUGAUUUUCUUAUGAUUUUUCCUUCCAUACAUAAAUAUAUUUAUAUUCCCAUGUGAAAUACCAUAUUUAGAGUUACAAUGUUAUUACAGUUGAAUCAAUGCUCCUUGCUUCCUUUCUCUUGCUCCCAGGCUCCAUAAUGAGUCACUAUAGCACCAUGGGAAACAUUGGCAAUUCUGCCUGCUCUGACCAAGUUGUAUGCCUGCCAGAAAUAGUUUACACCAUUGUGUUUUAACUCCUGACCUCUCCAAAGGGAAUAAACUUGCCUCUUCAGGAGUUUGAAUACCUUUGGAACACUAAGGCGCAGGGGCUUUAAAACCUACACAAAGAAGGGUCCCAGAAGGCCUAAAUAUUGCUUUUUACCAGUAUUGUAUAGCAGAAUAUUGAUUUACUGUUACAGUAUUUCCAGAUAUCGGUUUUACCAUUGUUCCUACUAUUGCAUGUAUUUACUUGCAGUCUGCAAAGUGUUUGUCUAUGUUUGCAUGGUUCGUAUUUUGUGUAACUUGUUAUGUACACUGUGACUGUGGCCUAUUCAUUGACUUGAAUGAAUGUUUACUAUGCACUGAAUGUGUGGCUUUGUGUUGGUGGGACUCUAUUUAUAUGUGUUUAUGUGUUUUGGGCUCAGAGUAACACCAUUUCAUUGGGCCUUUCCCUGCAGGGACAGUAUUGUGACCGAUGCAACUCCAAUGAGCCAAACAAGGCCCACCCAGUGAGCAACGCCAUCGAUGGCACCGAGCGCUGGUGGCAGAGCCCACCUCUCUCCCGUGGACCCAUGUACAAUGAGGUUAACGUCACCUUGAACCUCGGACAG